CAGUCCCUAGCCCAGCCACUCUACGGUAGGUACACCAGCUCAGAACAAGCACACAUCUCUCCAUCAUGGCUGCCACCUGGACCCCGGAGGACGACAUGUCCUGCCCUGUGUGCUGCGAUGUUUUCACUGACCCUGUGGUGCUGGGCUGCAGCCACAGCUUCUGCAGGAGCUGCCUGGACAGCUACUGGAACACUCAGGUCAUCAAAAAGUGCCCCGUCUGCCGCCACCAUUCCCUAACCGACGCUCCACCCAGUAGCCUGGCUCUGAGGAACAUCGUGGAGACCUUUGCGAGGGAGAGGAGCCACAAUACCACCAAGCAGGAGGAGACGAGAGAGGGGGAGAAGGAGAGCCAGGGAAGGAGGGAGUCAGGAGGGAGGAGUGGGUUGGUACGGGAUGGGGAUGAAAGGUGCGGUCUCCAUUGGAAGAGGUUGUUGUUGUUCUGUGUGGAGGACCAGGAGGCUGUGUGCGGUGUGUCAGACCUCCAGGAGACACAGGAGCCAUCAGCUCUGCCCUGUGGAUGA